AUGAAGACUCAACGCGUAGAUGCUGCUCGAGAGACGAAACGAGAGUUCGGCCAUCUGUACUCCGAGGCACGCCCAAAAGCACUCCGCGACUCACGUCUGCGUAUUCUAGGUCAAGCGGUUGUGCUCGGUAGUGGUGGUGCAGGAAUAGUCGCCAUUGGUAUUCUGGCCAGCCCACGCGCUACACCACCAAGGUCCCCUUCGGCAACGGUUGCACGCCCGCCUUCGCCCGCCCUACUCUGUGCACCGCCUGUGCGACCUCCAUCACCUCGCGAGCCCCCUGUUAUCAAUGUGACAAUCACCUUAAAAUGCAAGAUUAUAUUUUUUAAUUAA